AUGGCUCCAGUUCAAUCAGAUGCGGCGGCGGUUUACGUGGAGGCGUGCAACCGCGAGCACGCAGAGUGUGCACUGGAGCUGGUGGAGGCCUUUGAAAACAACGACAAGGAGGCAAAUUUGUCUGACCGAUCUGUGCAGCUGAAUGACGUGGACGUGGGCUGCAUCGCAGAAGCCCUUCUCUCCACUCCCCACUCCAUACGUGUGUUGAAUCUGGAGGGGAACGCCUUUGGCCUGGCUGGCCUGCAGAGACUCUUGGAGGCCGUUGAGAAGAACCCCGGCACCAUCCGCGAGCUGCGGAUCGGCAGGAACAAGCUAAAGGACCAGGCGGCGGUGGUUAUUGGACACACGCUCUCGCGCGACGGCUGUGGGCUGAAGGUGCUGGACCUCUCUGAGAACGAGAUCACCAAGCUGGGUGUCAUUCCCAUCGCCGCCGCGCUUGGAAAUGCCUCCUGUGACAUCGUGGAGCUCUCCUUUCACAACAACAAGAUUGAGGCAGACGCCGCCACGUACUUAGGGCAGGCCAUCCGUCAUGCAGGGAAGCUGCGGCACCUGCACCUCGGCUACAAUACGAUCCGAGACACCGGGGCCGCUCAGCUAGCACAGUGCAUCCCCCUGACAGUCACACUUUCCACUCUUGACCUCACCGCCAAUCGCAUUGGUCCCAGCGGUGGAAAGGAGCUUGCCCGGGCUUUGAUGACGAGCUCCUGCAAUAUUCAACGCCUUAACCUGCGUCACAACCUCUUUGACAGCGAGACCAUUGAGAUGUAUGCAGAGGUGCUGCAAAUCAACACCUCGCUCAUUCAGCUUUUUCUCGGUUUUAUGAACCCCACACCAGAUGCCGCCGCGAUUGUGCUCUCCGCGCUGCGUGCCAACCACACCCUGCUGCUUCUGGACAUCUACGGAUGGAAGCUGAGCCAGGAGGUUGCGUGGAAAAUCAUCGAUAGUUUACAAAAAACGAACGGCACUGUUGCGGCUAUUGUUACCGACGCGUGCCAGAGCAUUACAAAGCGGAUUGACGAGGGUAACGACGAAAGGGAUGAGCGGGGGCAGCACCCGAUAUACGUUGGCCCCGAUGACCGGGACGCGUACAUGGCAACCAAAAGUCUUCGACGGUUUUCGCUGGCACAGUCGCGGCGUCAGUCACGCGCCUCCUCACGUGGAGCGAUGUCAUCACGCACAGGCAGCCCAUCAUACCGGCGCGCAAAUGAGCGCUCUCAGUCCUGCAGGGAAUCCGAUGCCCACUCGCGGCGUUCUUCCAGGGUCCAGCAGGAGGUGCCUUACCAAGCUUCACACCAAGGUCUGAGCCAUCCUGCAAAAGAGGAGCCCCAGCACUACCGCCGAACAAUGAUGAGUGAACCUCACGAGCGUGUGAAGAGUACGCCACCCGCCAAUACUUCCACACAGUUGGACAAUCAGUCGGAGGAGUCUAUGAAGCAGCUAGUGGAGCAGUUGCGACGGGAGCUUGCUGAGCAAAGACAGAUGCAGCGAGAGCUUGAAUUUCGCGUUGCUGCGCUGGAAAAAAGGCGGGAAUGUCUUUGUGGAUGCACCACUGCCACUUCCGUAGAUGAUCCGGCACACGUGUCGCGCGUUGCCAUUGGAGGCAACAAUAAAGGGGAGACCCUCAAACAUUUUAACGGUACCACCAACAGUCAUGACUCAAAUGCGCGUAGUAAUUCCCGCGUGGAUGGCUACAUGCCUCACGAAGGUGCCCCGUCUUUCCGGUCCUCUACUCCUCCCGGUCCCCCGAAUUCUGCGGAGUUAAUUGAGCAAUCCAAAGGUGCCUGGAACAAAUCAGGCGCGGCGAGGACGAGGGGGGCCAGCGGCGGGUCGGCUGGGGCCCCAGAGCUUUCUGUCGCUCGCACGGAGCGCUCGGAACCACCAGCAGAGCCAUUGGAGCUUCCGAAGGAGAUGCGGCCAGCAGAAGUGGCGCUGCAGAAAUCCACAAGGCCGUUUGAUAACUACCAGCCACGAUUGGCUCCUUCGCCAUCCAAGGACAACGACCCACCGCGGCGGAAAGGCUCAUACACACCGCAUAGCCGCUGCCAAGGAAGGAACGGAAACAGCUAG